AUGGUGCAGAACCUUUCUGAAGAGCCCUUGUGGGAAAAACUACAGAUGACGACCAGUGAACGAAGAAAAAUCAUCUGCUCUGUUACCUUCCACGUGAUUGCCAUCACCUGCGUUGUAUGGUCCCUUUACGUGCUAAUAGAUCGAACGGCAGAAGAGAUCAAACAGGGGAAUGACAACGGCGUUCUGGAGUGGCCUUUUUGGACCAAGCUUGUCGUUGUAGCCAUUGGAUUUACAGGGGGGCUCGUCUUCAUGUACGUCCAGUGCAAAGUUUACGUUCAGCUGUGGAGGCGGCUCAAGGCGUACAACCGAGUGAUCUUUGUGCAAAACUGCCCAGACACGACCAAAAAGGCAGAAGAAAAGCUCCCUUCCAGCAAUCAGAGCAACAGCACCAGAGACUCUGUGGCAGUCCCGAUAUCACAGACAGAAACGAAUUGCCAGAGGCCGGGAGGCGGGGUGGUGCCUGAGGUGGCACCGGUCUGACAGGAGAAUCAUCUGGACGUUGGUUUUGGUUUCCUUUGUAUCAGCGACCAAUGAUUCUUUUUGUGGAAGAGUAUUUUUCACAAACACUACAGUUUGGAAGAGUGACUCUAAAACUUUGUUUCAGACAUGAACAUGAGGAGAAGACUUUGUGAAAGUCCAGAGAAAGAUGGGCUGUGAUCCGUUUCCAGAGCAGAGCUCUUAUAAUUCAACAAGGACAGUGUUAAUCGCUAUGAUUUAUUCCUUCAAAAACAUACUUGUCUUGUCUUAUUUGUUUAACCCAUUUUGAAAACGGUCCUUCACAAAGCCGAAUCAAAAAAAAAAAAAAUACAACAUCAUUUGUACACUUCCAAAAGGCAGACACCUCUAGGUUUGUCGGUCACCCAAAAUGCAGCAUUCUUAGUAAUUGAAUUCCAAUUCUCUUCUCAUUUUCUAAGCCUUACAUCCUGGUGAAGGUUAUGGAGGUAUUAAACAAAGCAGGGUGGUACAAGCUCCUGGUUUCCCCAGGAAAUUCCCAAGUGUUCCCAGAACAGCUGUUAAGUAUAAUCCUUCCAUCAAGUUCUGGUCCUUCCCAGUGGAUCCUACCCUUCAUUUUCCCAAAGGAUGGUACUAUAUUCUCCAUCUCCACUGGCUCUCCAUCCAUUUCCUACCCUGCUUGUACAAUCCAAGCAGAUGGUCAGAUAUUGUCUUUGGAUACGUCAACUGUAAAUGACCCAAAUAACCUAGAAUGAUGGGAUAUGGCAUGACACCAACAUACCCACAGAUGGGGGGAGAAUCUGCCAGCUCCGUUAAGACAAUGGCAGGGCGUUAAAUUUGAGGUCUUUGGGAGCUAUGAGACACAGGAACAAGAUCGUAGCCAGCGAGGUUUAUCAGUUGUCGAUUGUGGGUAGUUGAAACUGUCAUGUGAAUGAAUUAUUUGCGACACCACGUGUUAUAAAUUAUAACAUAACACUCUGAGACUCAUUUAACUCACAUAAUUCAGGAAAUUAGUGGGAGCCUGGGGCCUAUACCGGCCAUAACAGAAGCAAGGCAGGGACAAGCCGAGUCACAGCCACAAGGGUCCAAUUUAGAGUCACCAAAAGGUGUCAUGGACACGUCUCUUGGAUGUGGGAGGAAAAAUAGAGUAUGGUAGCCAGAAAAUGACCAUGUGUGAGGCAAACGUGUGAGUCAAAGUGCUACCAUUGAUAUGAAGUAUGCUUAAAAAUAAAAUAUGUGUAAGUAA